AAUAUAAAUAUGGGCAAAAUUUGCUUUAUUUGCCAUUCAAUCCUGAAACGUUUGAAUACGCUGAGGUUUCUUACCACUUUCAGAAGUUCUCGCAAUGAAAUCUUGUGGAGUGAUUUUGGUUGCUUUGAUAUUGGUGUUCAUGAAGACGCCAGUCCACAGCGCUGUUAGCAGAUGUCCGCAAAGCACGUGGCGUUUUGGAAGUACCUGUUAUAGCUUUCAAACGAGCAAAAAAACAUGGGUAGAAGCCAACAAAUCCUGCAAAAUAUUGGGCGGACAACUAGCCACAAUAGAUAGAUAUUCUCUCAACCAAUUCCUCUUCAAUCAUUGGCAAAAAAAACGCGUUUGGAUUGGUAUAAAGAAAUCAAAUUCCAAAUGGUGUUAUCCUGAUGGCAAACCUUCACCUUAUUUGCGGUGGAACACUGGCGAACCCAACAAUGUCGGUGGGAACGAAGAUUGUGUUGAAAUGUGGGAAAAUGGUCACUGGAAUGACGCCCCGUGUACAUUGGCAAGGCCUUUCAUCUGUGAAAUACCUGCAGCUGACAUUGACGAAUGUGCAUUGGGAACUGCCAAUUGUCAUUAUGAUGCAACAUGCGUUAAUACACUCUACUCGUAUACCUGUACUUGUAAUACAGGAUAUACAGGAAAUGGCACGGUGUGCAGUGAUGUCAACGAGUGUACGAGUUCAGCAAAUAGUUGCCAUUCUGUCGCAAACUGUCUUAAUACCGACGGAUCGUACACCUGCACCUGUCCAGUUGGUUAUAUCGGGGAUGGGAAGAAUUGUAAUCAAAUUCAACUUUCCUACGCCCACAAUAAGAUUCUCGAAGAGUUGAAAAAGCAUGAUCGAGCUGUUGACAAAAGGUUGUCCAGCAUGGAGCACUUUUUUCAAAGAUUUUUGGGCCGAAGACCAAUGGUAGACCAAGAAAAACCGAUAACAUCAGGACCAUGAGGAACAGGCUUUGAGUAUAGUUGGAUCUCUUUUUCCUAAAACACAGUUACUGCAACUGAUGGACUAUGAAAUUACUAGAUGAUUUUUUUUCAGAUGAUUGACAUAGAUGAAUAUAGCUACUUAGAAAAUGUUAUAAAGAUAAUUUUCAAUUUUAAUUAAAAAGAAAGGAA